AUGAACCAAGAUUCAGAAAAGAGGUUUCGUUCCAUCAUGGAUAAGCUCUUCCAUUCUUCCAAAUCUUCCUCCAACAAUCCUUCAUUCUCCAACUCCAGUUCUUCGGGGGUGCAAUUAUCAAGUUCUAGGGGUAAGAAACGUGGUUUUCAGUCAAUUGUAUCAGGAUCAGGAGGAGUAAUGGAUAGGAGAGGGGAUGAUCAGUUAUCUUCAGCUACUGCAGCAGAAUCCCAAGGUCAUCUAUGUCGACCGUGGGAUCGCGCUGACUUCAUGAAGAGAUUGGCUACAUUUAAGUCUAUUUCAUGGUUUGCUAAACCCAAGAAAGUAAGUGCUGUCAAUUGUGCUAGAAGAGGUUGGAUCAAUGUUGACGUUGACACCAUAUCUUGUGAAGAAUGUGGAGCACGUCUUCUGUUCUCUACACCAGCGUCUUGGAAUCACCAGCAGGUGGAGAAAGCAGCUUUAGUCUUCAGUUUAAAGUUGGAUAAUGGACAUAAGUUACUUUGUCCGUGGAUUGACAAUGCCUGUAGUGAAACCCUAGCACGAUUUCCUCCCAUAUCUCCUCCAGCAUUAGUUGAUAAUUUCAAAGAACGUUGUUCUGCUCUCUUGCAAUUGUCUGCUCUUCCGCGUAUUUCAUCUUCUGUAAUAGACCACAUGCAAAGCCCAUUUUUGGAUGACUUCCUUGGACAAUCAUUGAUGCAGGAGUGUGGAAAUGAAUCUGCUGGAAAUUCUGGAAUAGAAGAUGUUGGUAGUCAAGAGGAACUGAAAUUAUAUUACCAGGCUCAAAGGCUAAUAAGUUUAUGCGGUUGGGAACUCCGUUAUUUACCUUAUGCUGUUGAUUGCAAAAAUGUAUCAGGGCAGUCGCAUAAGAAUUCAACUAUUCUAUACUGUCCUCAAGUAGUUACUGAUGCAAAGAAUGACAAUCUCAUUGUCUCUUCUGCUGACAAUAAUGAAAGUUCGAAAAUGGAUGAAAAUUCCAAGUAUUCUAUUGGGGAACAAAUGGAUCCCAAUUCCGCAGUUUUAGAUUGUUCCUUAUGUGGAGCCACUGUUGGUUUGUGGGCAUUCUGUACAGUUCUCCGGCCUGUGCAAUCAAUCAGAUUAGUAGGAUAUACAGAAGUGAAUGGUGAAAAUGAUCUUGAAAGUAGACAGGAGGGGGUAAAUAAUGCCAUGUCUGACGUUGCAACUUCAUCUAAGGACACACCUUCGAGUCUAAAUAUGACAAUUGCAGGGGGUCCUCCCCCAACAAAGCAGAACUUCAAAGCAAUAAUAUCUUUGCCUGUUAUUGGUCAGAAUUUAAGAGCUCGUCUUUCUUAUGAUUAUGAUAUUAGAGAUCAUUUUUUUGUUGAUCGGGGCAGUAGUCAGUCAGCUUCACAUGAGACCAGGAUUCAGGAGAAAACUGAUAACACAGUUAAUGCCUCUAUUGGACAACUUGUUCCUAUAUCGUCUGAAAUAAGAGAAAUUUCAAAUUGUGAAACUGACUCUCGAGCAAGCAUUCACGACUCGGUUGUAGAUAAUGCUUUAGAGGGCACUCAUUCUGCAGAACAAUCUUCUAGUUUUAAGGACAAAAUGCCCAUACAAGCAAAAACUGAUGGAUUGAAGAUUUCAUCUGUAGGAAAUCCCAGUGGCUCUCAGAAAAACUUGGCAGAAGGUGAAGCACUUUCUGUUUCACAUAAGACCAAAGAAGCCAAUAAUGUUGAAACCCCGGGGUUGAAAGAAAGAGUAGAGAACCCAACUAACAGUGAAGAUGUACAUAAUAGUUUAGGUAAGUUUAAAAAUCCAACACUGUCUGAGAAAGCAAUGGAAUUUGAUCCAAUCAGACAGCACAGACACUUCUGCCCGUGGAUUGCAUCGGAAGACGAUGGAGAGCCCGGGUGGAAACAAACGUUAUCUGCUUUGUAUCGUCCAAAAGAACAUUCGCCACAUUCUCCAAAUACAUCUCCAUCAUCUAUGCCCAUCAUUAAGGUAGAUGACCCUAUUGGUUCAAUCAGAAAGCUUUUCAAGUCUCCACCUACGAGAAGAAUGAAGCUUACUCACAUUUCGAACCAAAAUGUAGAACAUGGAUAG